AUGUUCACGCGGAGAGUGACAUCUUGCGCGAAUCAUGCCUUGAUCAUCUCACAAAGAGCGGCAUGCUUGCCCAACAUUGCUCGCGCAUUCUCCACCACCCAACUACCCAACGGCAUCACAAUCGCCUACGACCUCCAUGACCCUCCCCAGCACUCACAUACCCGUCACAAUGCUCCUCCUAUCAUCUUCAUGCACGGCUUGUUCGGGAGCAAGAAGAACAACAGGAGCAUGAGUAAAGUCUUUGCCCGCGAGCUGAACCGUCCCGUCUACGCCAUCGACCUACGGAACCAUGGCGACUCCUCGCACGACCCCAGACACGACUACACCGCCAUGGCCGAGGACGUCGAAGCCUUCCUCCAGCAGAACAAUCUAAAGAACACAACCCUAAUAGGCCACUCCAUGGGCGCCAAAACCGCCAUGACAAUCGCCCUCCGCCGUCGCGUCCCCAUCUCCAACCUCAUCCCCGUCGACAACGCCCCCAUAGACGCAGCUCUCAAAUCCGACUUCGGAAAGUACAUCCAGGGUAUGCGCCGCAUCGCCGACACCCCAAACAUAACCCGGCAAUCCGACGCCGACAAGAUCCUCGCCGACUACGAAGACGCGCUCCCGAUCCGACAAUUCCUCCUCACAAAUCUCGUCCGUGAUCCCGAGACUGGGACCCAGAAAUGGCGGAUCCCUAUCAAGACGCUCGCGGCUGCAAUGGACAAGAUGGCUGAUUUCCCUUUCAAAGACCCAGAGGAUGCGCGGUUCGAGGGCCCGACGUUGUUUGUGAGGGGCACGAAGAGCCAUUAUGUGGCAGAUGAGAUGUUGCCGAUUAUUGGGCGGUUCUUUCCUAAAUUCGAGGUGAGGGAUGUGGAGAGUGGGCACUGGGUUAUUAGUGAGAAGCCGGAGGACUUUAGGAGAGCUGUGGUGGACUUCUUGCAAGACAAGGACUGA